AUCGAAAAAGCAUCGUGAGCUUGUCGGUGAAGAGUCGUCAAGCCGGCGUGAGUCUCGGUUAACGUCUCGUUCGACAACGAUUAUCGUUGACGUUGGUUCUUCGAUUGCUACGAAUACGAGACAAAAAGUGAAGAGAGAGAGGAAAGAGAGAGAGAAAAAGAAAGAGGGAUAGAGAUAGAGAUAGAUAGGGAAGGACCCGCCAUUUUCUCCCUCUCCAAAGGAGCCCUUUUUUUUCGCCUCUUCGUGUCAGAACCAUAGCCCCAUGCUCGACGACCGAUGGAGAAGCGCCAAGAGCUUAAAAGAUCUGAUCGCUUGUUCGAGUACUCGUUAAUUUUCGAAAAGGAAAAAAGCGAGAAUGAGUCAUGUCGAGCUUCGAAAACGAGAUUUACGAAAAAACAACGUUCGUCGUAAAAGUAUAGAAGGAAAUUUUGGAUUCCAAAAAAUGGUUGGCCUAGGUAGCGAAGAAUUACUUGGUUCCGAUAUUGCCGAUAUCGCUAUGGAAUUGGAGAUUAAUUCUGACGAUGAAAGCGAGGAAAGCGAUAAGCAGAGAUUAAUACGAUCUUCUAUCACGAACGAAGCUGUUAAUAAUCAUAUAAAAAAGUUAACCACUCAGAAAGUUCAAGUUACAACAGAGGAUGACAACGUUUGGUCCAUAUCUAUUCAAAUGUUUAUACCGUUCCUACUUGCUGGUUUUGGUAUGGUCGCAGCUAGCCUUCUAUUAGAUGUUGUUCAACACUGGCCCGUCUAUCAAAUUGUUUCAGAAGUGUAUAUAUUAGUCCCAGCAUUGUUAGGUUUGAAAGGAAAUUUGGAGAUGACAUUGGCUUCGCGCUUGUCCACUCAGGCCAAUUUAGGUCAUAUGGAUACGAAGAAACAACAAUGGACACUGAUCGUUGGAAAUUUGGCUUUGAUACAAUGUCAAGCCAUGGUGGUAGGCCUUUUGGCAUCAUUGGCUGCUGUUGUACUUGGUUGGGUUCCAGAAGCGCAUUUCGAUAUGCAUCAUGGACUUUUAUUAUGCGCUAGUGCCUUGGUUACUGCUUCUGUAGCGAGCUUCUUUUUGGGACUUGUAAUGGUCGCAGUAAUAUUAUUCUCAAGACACAUGAACAUUAAUCCUGAUAACGUGGCUACGCCAAUUGCAGCUUCUCUAGGAGAUCUAACCACUCUAGCUCUCCUGUCAUGGAUCGCUUCUAUCUUGUAUCAUUCGAUAGAUAAUGCUCCAUGGAUAGCGCCAACUUUAAUAUUUUUCUGCAUCGUGGCAACGCCUAUUUGGGGUUACGUCGCAGCAAAAAAUCCGUUUACUAAAGAAGUAUUGGAUUAUGGCUGGACCCCUGUGAUAUCUGCUAUGCUUAUUAGCAGCUUAGGUGGUCUGAUAUUAGAUUACACGAUAUCCAGCUAUAAAGGAAUAGCUGUUUUUCAAUUAGUUAUAAAUGGAGUCGGAGGGAACCUCGUUGCCGUCCAAGCUAGUAGAAUUUCUACAUCGUUACAUAAAGAUUUUCGAGCGGGCAGCCAAAUUGCGCCUACUAUUUGUAUAAGUCCGUUUCAUGCGUUUUUUGCUAAAGGAGGACAUGCUAGGACUGCUAGAGUUCUAUUAAUGAUGGUUAUACCUGGCCAUUUGAUAUUUAGUUAUACCAUAAGUUAUCUACAAGCUGGCCAUACAUCUUUUACACCUAUAUUUAUUGUCGCGUACUUGACGGUUGCAUUGUUGCAGGUAGUUUUAUUAUUGUACAUUGCUCAACUAAUGGUAGUUUGGAUGUGGACAAGAGGUAUGGAUCCUGAUAGUUCAGCGAUUCCAUACUUGACUGCUGCAGGUGAUCUGAUAGGAACUGCACUCCUUGGAAUCGCUUUCCAUAUACUUUAUGCUAUCGGAGAUGGUGAUUCGGACGUAGGAGACUGAUUUUUUUACAUCUACUAUCAAUGAAAUUGUCAACGGCGCAACUAUAUCGAAGUCUUUCGUAACGCAAUCAAUAUACAAAUCUUCAUGAGAAAGUUCAAACACUUUUAGAGUGAAAAGAAAAAAGACAAGCAAUGAACGAAUGAACGAACGAACGAACGAACGACCGAACGAAUGAACGAAUGAAUGAAUAAAUGAAUGAAUAUCAUUGACAUAUAAUUAAUAAGCCUAAGCUAUAACGCAUUUUCAUUCAUCGUUAUACACGAUCGAUGUCUUUUCGAAUUCGUAUUAAAAUUAUGGAUAAGAUUAUUACAGAGAGAAAGUAUAUAUUUCAAAGUAUCGAUAUUAAUCGUCUAUGCUACGAAAGAGUUUUAGACUGAUUUUAAAAUGCUGAUCAAUUUUCUAAUAAGAUAUUUCCAAUUUAAUCGAUCACGUUAAAAAGAUAAUUCAACUUUAUAGAUAGAGCAACAAAGUUUUUUUUUUUUUUUUAAUAUAAAUAUGAAUUAUCGUAAGAAUCGAAAGCAAUGAGAUAAAGAUAAUCAGAGUACAUUUUAAGAGUUUUAUACUCUUUUUAUAAAUUACAUUACAUAACUUGUAAAUAUUGGUAUAAAUAUUUAUCUACUUGUAUAUCCGGGCUUAAUAGAUUUACACAUGCGAACGACAUAUUUUUUCAAGUAUUAGUGAGUGGAAAAUUACGAAAAAGAAAAAAGAAAAAGAAAAGGGGAGCCAUAAUGGAUAGAAAGAUAUCGAUAUAAGUUGAUACGUGAUUAACAUUUAUAUUAGUGUACAGAAACGUUUCGCAUUGAUCACGCACUUUGAAGCGUAUUUGUAUAGACAUUUCCUGAUGACGUCGAUUUGACGUGCGGUAUAUUAGAGCUUAAAUUGUGUUCAUAAUCGAGAAGAAGGUCAAAUUUCCCCCAUAUAUUUUUUUUUGUUAUAUACGUAAUACAUGCAAAAUAUGCCAUAUACAUAUAAUAAUCUAUAUACGAUGUUAAACAAAAUUUAUGUUUUAUUAUAUUUCACACAUAGCAACAAAAAAUACUGUUCGUCCUAUUAUUUUUUUUUAAGAUUAUUAAAUCAUAUGAAUAGAAGUUAUUAGAUAGCAAAAACAAGAAAAUAUGAAAUUCUUUUUGUUUGAUGCAAUAUCAUUGUAACAAUCACACGUGAUAAUAUAUACGCACACAUAUACAGAUACACGUACACACGAGUAUUCAUUGAAAGCACGGAUGCUUUUAAUUAUCUUUUCAACGAUUUGCUUUGUGAAAUACUUGUAGAAAUUAGAAACUUGGAUGUCAAGGAUCAUCCUACGAAGUAUAUAAAGCAGCGUGUGUACGAUACGCUUUAAAUCUAAGCGUAUUAUCACUAUGUAUGUGUGUGUAUAUAUAUAUAUAAUAUAUACGUAUGUGGGCGAACGUCACCUAAAUUGGAGCCUCGUUAGCUGUUUAAAGGCUGCAGCAUCAGUAUCAUUGAUCCUUUUGUUUCAAGAUGAACCAAAUCAUUCAUAAAAAUUAAAAGAAGCAAAGUAUAUUUUCCUGAAUUAAUUCAACAAUAAAUAUUAUAUUUGCAAACGUA